UCACUCACCAGUGGGCAAGGCUCUUUGAAAGCUGCGCCAUAUUAAAAAACUCUGAAAUAUCUUCUCGAUUCUUUAGUCCAUGAAGAGAUUAUAAUUUUCAUCUGAAAAUUUUCUGUCCGUUUCUUAAUUUUAUCAUAGUGAAACUAAUAGACUACGUGCGCGAAUUCGACAGUCUCAGGAAGUGAAUUAUGGGUAACGGAGAAGACGCGAGUGCCUUUGACGUUUGUGAACCAUAUUGAAAGGUAUUUGGAGAAGUUUCGUUAUCAAAGAAAGAUUGAGAGAGUCUUCCAGUAAAAAAUGGUAUCGAGGCGGAAGAUUCUGUCUCGAUCGAGGGACAACCUUGUCGAAUCACAGUACGAGGACCAGGAUGAAGAGGAUGUAUGGUAUAAUAUCGACAAACUUUACAAGGAUCACAUUCAAGAGGUACUGGACAAGUGGAACCAAAUUGACGACGAAAUUUGGGCCAAGGUAAUCGUUUUCGAAAGGAACCGAAGGGUGGCAAAAGCAUACGCCAGAGCACCUGUACUUACGAUUAAUGGAUCUAACGAUGGAUUCGAUGGUUUCAGGAUAGGAUUAUGCGGUUUUGAAAACCCAAUGAGAGACCCGAAAACGGAAGAGGCGAAGAAACAUAUAAAUCAAGGUGUAAAGAUUAAAAUGGACGAGCAGGGGAAUAUACUAAUAAAAAGGCUGUGUAAAAAUAACGUUUACAUAAAGCCCACCAGUCAGGAAGACAACGCAAUUGGAGCAGAAAUUGCACGGAAUUCUCAAGGAGCGUUAGAACACGAGAAACCGGGGAAAGUGUUCGACAUGAACAAAUUUCAAACAAAUCUUUCUCGAGAAACUCGAAGAGCGUAUCCAGACAGAAGAAGACUAGAAAUGCAGUGUUUGAGUGCAAUUGUCUUCGUCAGAACUGAAUCAGAUCUUUUACAGUGUCCUGUUUGGGUUCUCAUUGUAAAUGUUGUCGGUUUGGACAUGUUAAAGUCCAAGUUACCACCAGUUUUAGCACUACAAAGGCCGGUGGACAUUAAAAAUCGACCUAGGAUACCGAUUCCUGACGAAGAUCCAUAUAGUGUAGCCGGAGUUUCGUCAUCCAUUGGAGUUUCUGAACCAUUCCCACAGGAUCGAGAAUCCCGAGAACAAAUCUACGCUCAAUCGACAACUUGUAGACAAAGAAGAGGUGAAAGACCACCGAAAUUGCCACCAAGAGAGAAUCUUUAUGGCCAUGACAUACCCAAACCUGAUUACGACGAUAUAGAAGAUGACUAUGCCAGAAAGCCUGUCAUAACGAACGAAGACAAAAGAAGUAGAAACGACGAUAAAAAGAAAUACGACGAUCCGUAUUAUUGUGGAUUAAGAGCUCGUGUUCCUAACUUCGUGAAAAUGGCAAAAAAUAGUAAAGUAUCAACAAGAGGAUAUGCUAGACCAGCACCACCUCAAGCACCUACAUAUGCUGCUACAGGAUACGCUAGUAGUCAAUCUUCUCAAAUUUAUGGCCAUUUACCUGGGAAUCGACCACCGAUUAUGUAUCAUGCACGAAGCUUUGAAAGUGGACUUGACGAAAUUAACAUUAUUACAUUAGCUUAUUAUUUUUUCAAAUUACCAACCAGAGGUGUAAUUCCUCCUACACCUAGAGCAAUGUAUAUUGGAGAAUGGGAUUAAAGAUAAAGAAGAUUAACAAAAAUGAAGUUAGCAUAUAAACAAAUGAAGAGCAAGUUUGAGAAGAUAAAGAUAAAAGACAAUAUCACCAAAUGAAGAUAUAGAAAAUGAGAAGAUCUACCACGCAUAAAGAAGCAUAAGUAGAAGAAACUUCCACAUAUAAGAAGAAGAAGAAGAAGAAGAAGAAGAAGAAGCAGUUUAAAAAGUUAUGUGUUGAUUAAGAACAAAGUAAAAUAAAGACUAUG